CAUGCUCCUGAAGGUGCUGCUGCUUCUAGGGCUCGCUGUGCUGGGCACUCACGUCUGGACCAUUCAAAAGGAAUUUGUAAAUGUUAAUAAGAACCACGAUUAUUUUGUGGCAUCUGUGGAGUUUGCUGUGGCUCGGUUCAAUGAUGACAAUAUGGAAGAGAAUGCAUACAGGUUGCUGGAGGUCGGGCGAGCCCAGCAAAAGAGGUGGACAAUGAUAUUUUUAAUGGACUUGGAGAUCGGCCGCACAAUUUGUAAGAAACACAGUAAAGACAUUGACAACUGCCCCUUCAAAGAAGGCCCAGAGGAGAAACAGGUGGACUGCACUUUUAUUGUGGAUGCUCGACCCUGGUUUUCCCAGUUCACCCUCCUGAACAGCACCUGUGUGUAGAAAUAGACGGGGCAGGAGCUGUGGCUUCUCACAGCAGAAGUUCCUUUUCUGCUAGAGGGUGAGAGUCGGCCUGCAGUCACAGGUCUGUGCAGCAACAGGGGAAAUAAAGGCAUCUCAGAGCA